AUGGGCCAUUGCACCUCGGCCUGCGCGUAUACCAGCGACGACUGGAAGAGCUUGAAUAUCAUUGUUAAUUUGGAGGAAGUCCGACUGGACAUGACGGAUGCCGACACGAACCCCAAGCGCAGUGGGACCAUGGCCGACGCGAAACCUACCAUCAAGCAGCAGCAGCAACCCACCCAGAAUGCAAACACAACCGACACGCCCAAAUCGCAAGAGAGAUCCAAGAGCACAGCCACGGUAGACAGUCCGUCAAGCCCUCCGAGAAAGAAGCGCAGAAAGGUCAACCAUGCCUGUGUGUACUGCCGUCGAUCGCACAUGACAUGCGACCUCGAACGACCAUGCGCCAGAUGCGUCAAACGCGACAUUGCCCACCUGUGCCAUGACGAACCGAGAGAGCCCGCCAAAGGCAAGAAGCCAGAUACGGAUACCCCUCUUGCCGACGCGAGUGUCAUCGAAGACGAACGCAGAAGCAGCUUGAGAAUGGACCCUCCCGCCAUACAACAGCCAAAGCCAAUGUCGCCAGUACACAUCAAGCAGCAGAGCCAAUCCACAGACAACCAACGGCCUUUCUCUAUCAACGACUGGAACUUUGACUCGACAAACCAGCUCCACGAUAUGCGUAAUCUGCACCCAAACUACACCUUCAACACCUCCGAAGUGACCGACGAGUACAACUUUCUCGGCGACUUUCUAAACAACAGUCUCCUCGACGACGGCGCAACAUACAACUCCGAUGACACGAGUGCGGUUUUCAACGAUCCUCUGCUAGCAACCGGCUCCCUCUCCACCUACGCAAACAAUAUGAAUCUCUUCUCGGGCAUCCACCAAACUCAACCCUCUACCAACCCUGCCCAACAACCACAACCAGACCCCCAAGUCUCCGCCGCAAACGACAUUACCCGUCCUUCCUCCGUCAUGCCCGUCGACACCAAAGCCCGCGACAAAUUCUACAUGACCGCCGCCGACCCCGCCGGCAACGACACCNCCGAAGCCCGCAUGCUAAAGCUUCUCCAAGCAAAAUACGACGCAGGCAUGUUACGACCCUUCAACUAUGUCCGCGGCUACUCACGUCUAAACACCUACAUGGAAUCCCACAUGCGACCACCCCUGCGCCAANAAAUCCUUCGCCAACUCGAAAAAUUCCGCCCUAAAUUCCGAGAAGCAAUGCAUAAUCUCACUGAUAUCCAAUUGAUUCGCGUGGAGAUGUGGUGGGAAAGCACGCUGAUGGAAUAUGAUCGCGUGUUUGCUAGUAUGGCAAUUCCAGCAUGUUGUUGGCGUCGCACGGGCGAAAUCUUCAGAGGAAACAAGGAAAUGGCAGAACUAAUUCAAGUUCCCAUGGAAGAGUUACGAGAUGGAAAACUCGCGUUGCAUGAAAUCAUGGCUGAAGAUUCGUUGGUCAGUUAUUGGGAAAAGUUUGGCGCGAUUGCUUUUGAUCAGAGUCAGAAAGCUAUUUUGACGUCUUGCACCUUGGNNAAGAAUCCGCAUGAUGAUGAGGAUGCAACACCGAGUGGAGGAGGAGUGGACAAAGAUGGAGUAGGCAGGAAAAACGAUACAAGGCCAGGGAGCAGUGGCAAGAAAAGGUCAACAGGGCAGUUGAGGAAGUGCUGUUUUUCCUUUACGAUAAGGAGGGAUAUACAUAACAUGUAA